AUGUAAUAAUUGUAAUCCAAAAUGAAUGAAAUAUUUGAAUUUACAAUUUCUUUACCUAAAGAAGUUUAAAGUAAGGGUUGGUUAUCAAAAUAAUCAAUUAUAAAAAUUAAUGAUUAAUAUAAAGAAUUUAGCUAUCUCUUAAUGAAAAAAUAACCUAAUCCUUAAUUAAAGUAAGAUAACAAUUCAAUUCUCUAAAAAAUGUAUUUUCAAAUGACUGAAUAUUUAACAACUCAAUUUAUUUAAUAAUUAAAUCUAUAACAAUAAAAUGAAUCUGUAUACUUAAAUGCAAUAUUUGCACCCAUUAUUAUUGCUAUCGCUAUUGUAGAUAACGAUUUUCCAAGAUGUAAUUCAAAAAUACCUUUAAUAAAUUUAAAAUUAAUUUCGAAAAUAUUUUAGAAUGCAUCUUAAACAGUCUAAACUAUAAAAUAAUUUCCUAAAUUAUUGUUAUAGAGAUAAAUCUAAGAAAAGGAUUUGUGUUUAUUUCAAGAAUCUCUUGAAAUUUUAUAAAGUUUAAUGUCUCAAUAAGAAGCUGUAACUAUUAUCUAAAAUUAAGAAUUGUAUUUAAUAAUUAGAUAAUGUUAUGUAAUGUAAUAAUGUUUUGAAUUCAUGGAAAAUUUAAGAAUUGAGAAUAAUCAUAUUUUAUAAUUGAAUGACAAUAAAAAAUAUGAAGAUUAAUGGAAAUAGAUUGGAACAAGGUAUGCAUCAAAGAAAAAUAAAGAAGAUAUUAUAUAAAUAUAGAAUUAAGAGAUGCUUGACAAAUUUGGUAUUGAUUUUAAUGCUUGGUAAUUAAAUUUAUAAAUUCAAGAGAAUGAAAUAAAAAAGAUAAAAAGACUGGAGAAUGAAUAAUUAUGGAAAGAUAAAAGAAAUGAAAAAUAGCUUUAAAAAUAAGUAAUUUAGAAAGAAAACUAAGAGAUAUUAAGAGAAAAUGAGGAAUAAUAUAAAUAAAAUUAAGCAAUAAAAGAGCAUGAAAAAUAGAAAAAGGCUUAAGAAUUUAGAGAAAGACAAUAAUAGAAAGCUUUUAGUUUUGUUAUGAUGAAAUAAUAACAAAAGUGUGAAUAAUAAGAUAUGAGAAAGAAUUAAAGUUAAAUAAUAAAAUAGCGUUCAGAAAUCUUAAGUAUUUAGAAAUUGGAUUUAAAAAUGAAAAAGAUAAUGCUUAAAAAUAUAGAUAAGAUAGAAUAAAUAGUGCAAGAGGACAUGAAAAAGAGAAAUAAAGUAAUAGAUAAAAAAAAGAAGAAGAGGAAAGAGUUUGGUAAAAGGCAUAAGAUCUAUUAGCAAAACAAAGUUAAGUGUUAUAUUAGAAAAAACUAAUUCUUUAACAACUAAAAAAUAAGUGAUAAUAUAAUGUAUUAUUAAAAAAUAAACUUUAUAUAAAUUAAAUCUGAAUUAUAAAUUCUGGAUAUUAUUAUAUAAUAUAAUAUUGAGUAAAAGAUUAGAAAAAGAUUCAUAUAAUCAGAAAAUAUUGGUCUAGAAGAAUCAAUUAAACAUAUAUAUAUAAGUUAGUAAUAUAUUUAAUAUAAAAUUUUGAUUAACUGUUAUUUAAAAUAUCAUGCAUCACAACAAUAAAAUUAUAUUUAUACUUUUGCGUAAUUAUAAUAAACAAUUUCAUUCUCAUAUUCAAGAUGGAAACACUAAAUAAUAGAAAAACUUAAAGCAUAGAGCAAGAAGCAAUUCAUUGUAAUAUUUAAUGAUUUUUAAAUCAAAGAUCCAUUGGAUAGUUAAAAGAGUGAAGAAACUUGUCAAAGAAACUUGAAAGAAGUAGCCAUGCCUAAAAUAUCGGCUAUUUUAAUAGAAAAUAAUGAUCUUCCACAUGAAAUACCUACUGGCCAACCCAUAUAUGUUUGCACUAAAUGUAAAAAAGAAUUAAGAUCGUAAAUUAUACCAUAAUGUGAUAGCUUGAAAAUCUUAUACAGUUUUGCCAGUAUGUUACUUUUAGGAUUCAUCUUAGGAAGGAUUAUACCAUAAUUUAUUUAUGAUGGUUGUUUUAUAUCAGCAAUUCUAUGGGCUUGUAGGUAUUAGUUUUAUUUUAUUUUAGUUCUGCUUUUUAUAUCUUGAAUUUGAUUCUAUAUUGUCUCUGCAUAACUAAAAGACCUAUUUUUAAUCUGACUAUCUGGAUAUUUGGCAAUUGUCUAAUAUUUCUUUUAGAUUUAGUGGCUACCAUUAUAGCUUUAGGCACUCCUAUGUAUUCCAAAAUUUGUGAGAAAUCACAAUGGAAGAAUGAACAAGAUGACUGUUAAAUUAAGAAAUAAAUCAAAGACACCUUGUAUUCAAAUAUUUAAUUUCAGCUCUAUUAUCUAUAUAACAUUCUUGUUGGCUAUUGGUAUUAUUCAUGGUUGUUUAUGUUAUAAGGGAUACCAAAUUAGAAAAUUAUAUAAAUUUUAACAAAAAUUAUCCAAUAGUGUUCCUUCCUCAACUUAGAUUUAAUUUUGA